AUGAGCCGCUGGAUCGUACCCACGUCUGUGACCUUCCUGCUCGGCGUUCUACUGCUCUCUGGAAACUCGAUGGUUUCCAACAUUCAUUUUCCGAACGUGUUUGGAUGGCAUAGACCGCUUUUAACCGGAAAGAAUGGGGCUGUUGUUUCGGCGGGAGACAUCUGUAGUCGUGUUGGAACGUCAAUCAUCCUUCGCGGCGGCAAUGCUGUUGAUGCAGCGGUUGCAACAGACUUUUGCCUUGGGGUUACUCACCCAUGGAUAGCAGGGCUAGGCGGAGGAGGCUAUGCCAUUGUCCGGGACGCCUCUGGGAAUGCCGAGUGUGUUGACUUCCGAGAAGCUGCUCCAGCUGCCAGUGAUCGCGACAUGUUCAACCUGGAUGCAAACGCAUCAAUCUCGGGCGGUCUUGCCAGUGGAAUACCGGGAGAACUUCGCGGUUUGGAUUAUCUUCACAGACAGUAUGGAAAGAUGUCAUGGAAGGAGGUCAUUGCUCCCGCUAUUAAAGUGGCGAGGGGUGGAUUCUCAGUCAACCAGCUGCUCUUUGAUGCUAUGUCUAAAGCCAUCAAGAACGAUGGAGGCGAUAAUUUUUUCGUCCGAAACGCGGAUUGGGCAGAAGUUUUUGCACCAAAAGGCACGAUGCUCGGGGUCGGAGAUGUCAUGAAGAUGGAACGCUAUGCAGACCUGCUGGAACUGGUUGCAACAAAUGGCACCGAGUCUUUCUACGCUGGGCCAACUGCUACCAAGAUUGCCGACACCGUAAAAAAGAAUGGCGGUAUCAUGACGACCCAGGAUUUUCAAGCAUAUCAGAUUAAGAGAUCAGCUCCGAUCGAGAUCACCUACGGGAAUUACAAGAUCAAAGCCUGCCGCGCGACCUCGGGGGGGACCAUAGUUCUCAUGACAAUGAACGCCUUUCAUCAAUUCCCAGACCGAGAAGAUCCGAAUAACGUGAAUCUGACUCUGCAUCGCUUGGUUGAAGCCAUGAGGUUCGGCUAUGCUGCGCGCGCAACUCUGGGUGACCCAGACUUCAAUCCCGGUCAAGACUCGUCAGAGGCCCGGUUGAUCCAACAACACACUGCAGAUGAAGUUAGAGCGAAGAUUUCUGACAUGCAUACGCUGCCUGUUGAAGCCUAUAACCCCGAGCAGCUUGAAAUCAUCUCUAACCAUGGAACUUCUCACCUGUCAGCUGCCGAUGCAAGUGGCAUGGCAAUCUCCCUGACAAGUACUCCAAAUCUGAGCUGGGGAUCCAAACUGAUGAUCCCUGGUUUGGGACUGAUUAUGAACAAUGGAAUGGACGACUUUUCUGUGCCGAACAGGAGCAAUCACUUUGGUUACAUCCCCACUAAGUCCAAUUUCAUUGCGCCUCUCAAACGAGCCCUCUCGUCCAUGAGCCCUGUCAUCGUCGAUCACAUCCCGAACAGUUCUUUCUACCUCGCCACUGGGGGAGCCGGUGGGUCACACAUCAUAUCUGGAGUAGAGCAAAUGCUGUGGAGGCUGCUCGACUUAGGUUCCUCUGCAAAGGAGGCCAUUGAUGCCCCCCGAUUCCAUGACCAACUGAUACCGAAUGUGCUUAACCUAGAUCAAAAUUGGGACAAUGGGACUUUCGAUUUUUUAAAAGAACUUGGCCAUGAUACUCAAUGGGGGAACGUUGGUGUCGACCUGCACGUUCUCCGGCUAUUGAAGAAUGGGACCUUUGAGGCUGCUGCUGAAAGUAGAAUACAAGGUUCUGGUGGGUUUGCCGUUUGA